GAAACAACCUAUAUUUCCAUUUUUAUAUCAAAGAAAUUUUACUGCUACCCUGUAAAACAUUCACAAAAAUAAUUUAAAAACUGACUUAAGACUUAACAUUGUAGUUGAAAAUGAGUGAACAAGUUCAACUGGUUAACAUUCUAAAGGAUGAAGACCGGAAUAAAUCAGAAAUUCAAAGCAGAGAAAGUAUUGAAACAAAUUCGUGGAAUGAUAAAGUUGCUAAAAUUCGUAAAGCAAGCAGAAAAAGAGAUAAAUUAAUUCUAGCUCUAACUGUGAUGUUGUUGAUAUGUUUUUCACUCUCAUUUACGAUCGUUGUCAUGUACUUGGAACAUGUAAAAGAAUAUUUGGAAAAGAGUUCGGAACUAGAAAAGCAGAUACAACAACUGGCAUUGAAUAAUUCCGGUUUGGAAAGACUUAUUUAUUUGUUUGAUCGAUUAUGUAGCAAUGACCAUUGGAAUCUCUCUAAAGGCGAAAAAGGCUCUAGAAGCAAAAAGGGUCCUGGUGGUCAUAAAGGCAUUGCUGGUGAUAGGGGAAGGCAAGGUGAACAGGUAAAUAACGGUGAAUACGGAUUAAAAGGUGAAAUUGGAGACAAAGGCUCUGCUGGAAGUAAAGACCAACUUGGAGAUAUAGGUCCAAUAGGGGCAAAUGGACAAAAUGGUACGAAAGGAUCAACAGAAGAGAAGGGUGCAAUAGGUUCAAAAGGUUCGGCUGGUGACAAAGGUACCAUCGGAGAUAAAGGUCAAAGUGGACGAAAAGGGGAAGUCGGAGAGAAAGGCGCAGUUGGUGUGAAAGGUCCGAAUGGAAACAAAGGUGUGGAUGGUGAAAAUGGCAUAACUGGUGUAGUUGGACCUACCGGAAGAAGAGGUUUGACUGGAGAAAAAGGACCAACUGGUGAUAAAGGACUGAAGGGAGAAAUUGGAGACAAAGGCUCAACUGGCAGUAAGGGACAACUCGGCGAUAUAGGCCCUAUUGGAGGAAAAGGACAAAAUGGUACGAAAGGAUCAAAUGGUGAAAAAGGCCUGAAUGGCGAUAAAGGACCAAGGGGUGAAAACGGUGCAAUAGGCGGAAAAGGUUCGGCUGGCGUCAAAGGUACCAUCGGAGAUGUAGGUUUAAGUGGACGAAAAGGAGAAGUUGGAGAGAAAGGCACAAUUGGUGUAAAAGGUCCAAAUGGAAACAAGGGAAUGGAUGGUGAAAAGGGCACAAAGGGGGAAAUAGGCCAGGCUGGUCAAGUUGGCCCUAUCGGAAGCAGAGGUUUGACUGGCAAAAAAGGAACAACUGGCGAUAAAGGAUCGAAGGGAGAAAAUGGACUUCCUGGCCUAAAUGGUGAACAUGGCGGAAAAGGUAUCAAAGGUGAAAAAGGAUUAAUGGGAAAUAAGGGUCCAGUUGGCAACACAGGACAAACAGGAACACGAGGACAAACUGGUGAAAAGGGACAACCUGGAGAACCAGGCAAGAUGAUAACCUGUGGUUCCGGAUGGGAACAGUUUAUGGGGAUCUGUUAUUACUUUCAAUUCAGGUUCAAAAAGACAUGGAAUGAUGCAAAAAAUGAUUGUCAUAGAAUGGGAGGAUUCCUUGUAAAAAUUGACAACACUAUUGAGAGUUGGUUCCUCAAAAAUUUUAGAACAGCCGAUAAGAACACAGGUCACAUAUGGAUUGGAGCACAUGAUUCUGUAAUAGAAUCUCGUUUUAUCUGGGAGUCCGAUAAUACAUAUCUAACCUAUACUGACUGGAACCCAGGCGAACCUAAUAAUGCUGGUCAAGAAGACUGUGUGCAUAUGAAUAAUAAUGCUGCGUAUAAGUGGAAUGACAUUCAAUGUUCACAAGUUUUUUCAUAUAUUUGUGAGAAACAUUAAAACAUUUGUGCUUUAAUUCUCACGUUUUUUAAUGUCUGUUAUGUAACAGUUGUCAAUAAUAAUAAUUGUUCCUUAUUGAUUUAAUUUUUUAUUCGAUUUUCCUAGUUAUUAAGACAAUCAAGCAAAAUCUU